AGGCCCGUUUGUCCACCCGGGAGAGAACUGAGGGGGCGAUAGAAAAACUUUUGCAAUUGCUCGAGAGAGCUAAGAGCUGCUCAUCACGGAUCCAUGAGAGCGGGGGAUGCAUUAAACUCCCUCAACAGUGAUGGAAGGCGACGUUGUCCCAGUGUCACCUGUGCACAUCGCUCAUAAAUCGCGCCUGCAAUAGUCCCAUCUAACCCCCUGGUGGGGGGAGGAAGGUUUCCGACCUGUCCUGUCGUGCUGAUCACGGAGUCGCUGGAGUGAAUAGCUGGAGUAGUCUGGGGAAGGUGCACGAGGGAGUUUGUUGGAGAGGAAGUUGCCACUACAGAGAAUCGGGCCAACUUCUCCCGGCACAACAAAAAUGCCAGCGAUCAAUAUAGAGGAUCUGAGCGAAAAGGAUAAACUGAAAAUGGAAGUGGAGCAGCUCCGGAAAGAAGUGAAGUUGGAAAGACAACCGGUGUCAAAAUGUUCUGAAGAUAUAAAAAAUUACAUUGAAGAACGAUCUGGAGAGGAUCCUUUGGUCAAGGGUAUUCCAGAAGACAGGAACCCUUUUAAAGAGAAAGGAGGCUGUGUCAUUGCAUGAAAGAAAAAUCUCCUGCAAGUGGAACAUACUUAUGUUACCUUUAGUCAAUAACUAGUUUGUCCUUAGUUCCAUGGGUCCUUGUUGAACAAGUACUGUCAAUGGAUUAAAAGCAACCUUACAUGAAAAUAGAACGAGAAUCCUGUUAAUUUCUUUAUAAUUUUAUAUGAUCUGAUAUCUCACUACUUGAUAAUACGUUGUGUUCUAAAUAUUAUGCCCCAGAGGGGAUUCUUGCUUAAUGUACCAAUGGACACUUGCUCGUAGUGACUGUUUAGCAAGUUGUUCCUUGGCUCUUGCGUUUACUAACUCGUUUAAAUAAAAACUCUGGCAUGUACCAA